UAUAGGGGGAUCAGUAGCAGUAAGGUAACAGUGUUGGGUUACGGGCUGCUCACCACAGAUGCACGCCCCCUGGUGGAGGCUCUGACCAGACAGAGGUUUAAUGUGGUGGUGGUGGAUGAAUCCCACUACCUCAAGUCCAGGAACGCAGCCAGGUCUAAGAUACUGGUACCACUCAUCCAGAACGCCAAGCGGGCCAUCCUACUGACGGGCACCCCGGCCCUGGGACGGCCAGAGGAGCUCUUUAUGCAGAUAGAGGCUCUCUAUCCUAGGAUGUUUGGAACGUGGAGUGACUAUGCCAAACAAUACUGUAACGCCCACUACAGGUUCCUUGGUAACAGGAGACAGUGGGACUGUCGUGGUGCCUCUCAUCUAGAGGAACUCCACCAGCGUCUCAGUGAGAUCAUGAUCCGGAGGCUGAAGGUCCAGGUCCUCCCCAGCUACCCCCAAAAUACGCCAGCGCAUCCCUCGACGCCGCCAAAGACGCUGCCAAGUGUGGCCGGAGCAGUGAAAGACUACAUAAAGAUGCUGCUGGAGACUGAGAAGUUAAAGUUCCUGGUGUUCGCUCAUCACCUGACCAUGCUACAGGCCUGUAGCGAGGCUGUCAUCGAAGCCAAGGUAACUGUUGUUCACUCAUCACAACUAAUGGACACYCCUCUCCCACUGUUCAGCAGCCCCUUCUGUCACAAAUUCACCAUUAAGGGGCCAUCUCUCUCCCUCUCCCUGACACAGCACACAGAUGUGCCCUCAGGCACUUUCUCAGACCUGUCAAACUGUUAUGGAGAUUAUUCCAUACCAGUCUUCAAAUCCUUGAGUGUGUCCUGUGUGUUCUGUGGUGUCCAGGGCCUGACGUUCACAGCGGCCACUCACGUGGUGUUUGCUGAGCUGUACUGGAACCCUGGCCAUGUGAAGCAGGCUGAGGACCGGGCGCACCGCAUCGGACAGACCGCCUCCGUCCACGUGCACUACCUCAUCGCCAAGGGAACCUUUGACACCGUCAUGUGGGGCAUGCUCAACAGGAAGGAAACGGUAACGGGCAGUACUCUGAACGGUAAGAAGGAGUACUUAAAGGCAGUUGGGGAUAAGGACAAAUGGGACUUCCUGAAUUUCGCCGAGGCAUGGACACCAAGCGAGACGACCCUGGCAGCGGUUGAGAAUGACAAAGAUCCUGUGUUCUUUAACCAUUUUGAGAAGGACAAACAGCACGACAUUCGUUCGUUCUUCUCUCCGGACGCUGGUAAAGAGAAGAAGAGGAAGAGAACAGAGGGUGAGGUUUGCCUAUCCCCCGUUACCCCCUCAGAGAAGGAGGGUUCUAUAGAUGUGGAAAACCCAGAGAACGACAAGAAGAAAAACUUCAACUCAAGAUCCCCCUGACCUCCAGGACCUAGACUUCUCUCCCCAGGUGAAGAGGCUGCGGCUGCCCACCCCCAGCGCUACCCACAGCCCCAGGUCUCGUCUUGGGGGGAAGAGGAGGUCCUCCAUGGGGGGAGAGACACCAGCAGCAGCCCCCUGGCCUCUUUGUUUACCCCCCGUCGGCUCUCUGAUAAAGGGACCCCGAAACCAAGGCUGACCCAGACCAGGACCACCAGAUCAGGGGAAGGGAGAUGAGUGGAGUUGUGGGGCCUGUACUUACUCCAACAGCAUCCUGCCCUCCUUACUGUGAGCUGUGUGAGUCCCCACUCCACAGGCCCAGCACUGGUGAGUGUCACACACACACACACACAACACAACACACACACACACACACACACACACACACACACACACACACACACGUUGGCAGGCGUAACGUACACCAAGUCAGAAAUAGACCAGCGUGACAACGUGUCUCUGCUAGAUGACAAAGAGGAGAAGAGGACG